AUGUCGAUCCUGCAGAACGAAGAAGACGUCGCACAAGCUGAAGAAGCCGAGGGGGGGGGUGCCUCACAUUACCCCCGCUUGGAAGGAGAAGACAGAGAGGCGUGCGGGUGCCUGCUGGAGUAUCCGCGCUCGGCUCUGGCGCGCGCCGCACGUGGCGGGCACAUCCAGGUGCUCGACUGGCUCCGAGAGAACGGCGUGUGUUCGGAUGACCCGGGCCUGCAGAGGGCCCGUCGCCGCGACUUCCGGCGCGACCGCCUCUUAGAUGGCGGCAUUAAUAGCAUCCGUCACAGCGACAGCGGCAGCAAUAGCAGCAGCAGCAGCGACGGUGGCGGCAGCAGCCGAACCAACAGCAACAGCAGCACCAACAGCGGCAGCAGUAGCAGCAUCAACGGUGGCAGCGGCGGCGGCUGCACCAACAGCAGCAGCAGCACCACCACUAUCAACAGCAGUGGAAUGACUGAUGGUGGCAACAGGAGCGGCGGCGAUACCAACCGUGCAGCGAUUGCGGCCGCGCCGGGGCACGGCUCCUGCCUUCCUGCCGUCGGUGGCGGCGACGACGACAACGUCAACGGCGGAGGCGGUUGUAGCGGUGGCGGUAGCGGUCACGGUGGUGCUGUUGCCAACGCGGCACACGCCUCCUCUACCACAGCCCCAGCCCGCGAGCCAGCGGGAACACCGCGGCCGGAACCAAAGCGAUGGCCGACCAGGAUUAGGAAACUGAGGAUGAUGAUGAUCCCAUGGGGCGGCCGCGGCGGUAAGGAGAGAGCCACCCGUAGCGAGGAUGACUCGGACGCGUGCCAGAGAGGAACAGCAGCGGCGGUCGCAACAGUAGGGGGAGUAGCGGUAGGUGGCCGCGGUGAUGCUCCUCGAGAACACUCCGAGGCAGCGGCAGCGGCAGAGCCGGCAGCAGCAGCAGCAGCAGGGGAAUUAGCGGCGGGAAGCCGCGUUGAAGCUGCCCGACAACAAGCCGAGGAUGCCACUGCAGCGGUGGAGGUAGCAGCGGCGGCGGCGGUGGCGCCAGCACCUGCGGGGGCGGGAGCAGUGCCCGACGAUGACGGAAACGAUACCGUCGCAAGCUUCCCGUCCACGGAUGACCACCGACCAAGGACUGGAACCGGAGCAGAUCGCCCCUGCGACAGCGGCAGCGGUAGAGUCAUCCUCCCAGCACCGAGAGGCAGUGAGGUCCCACCGACGACAACGUCGGCGGGGGUGGGGAUGAAAUGUCGGAUACUGCCACAGAUGCCGCUGCUGCUGCUGCGGAGGCGGCGGGGCGGCGAAAGUGCAAGGGGCUCCGCGUCAAGAAUUGCGGGGGGAGAUGGGGGGGUGAAGAAGGUGCUGACGACGACGGCCGCUGUGGAGGACGCCGCGGCGGCCGCCGGACACGUCGAGGUCUUGGAGUGGCUGGACCGCCACGCGAAGCCGGCCCCCCCCGCCAAUAACGCCUCCGGCGGGCUGCGCGUUCCCCGCUGCGGCGGGCAUGAUAAGAAGCGCCGCUGGGGGGCGGUGGGCAGUGGCGCGGGGUCGGGCAAGCGGUGCUCUCGCGCUGCCCUUGAGCGAGCUUGCGAGGCCGGCCACUUCUCGACGGCGGUUUGGCUGGCUUCUAAGCGCAGCGCGGAGGUGGAGAGAGCUUACGACUGCAUCCGCAGAGCAGCCGAGAACGGUCACCUGGAGAUCGUUGCCUGGCUUAGCAGCUCCCGGUCCUGGAACCCUAGCGCCAGCUUCGCGGGCAGAUGGGCCGGGGCCACGACCACCGCCAUGGACGACGCUGCCGCCGGGGGGCACCUUAAGGUGGUGCGGUGGCUGCACGCCCACCGCCCGGAAGGAUGCACGACGGCGGCCAUGGACAAAGCGGCCAAAGAGGGUCACCUCCAUGUUGCAGAUCGCCCAAGCGACGACGAGCUCAACAGUCUCAUCACUGCCGCGUGCUGCACCUCGGCCGCCAUGGACGGGGCCGCCGAGCACAACCACCUGCGGACCCUGGAAUGGCUCCGCCGGAAUCGUGCGGAGGGGUGGACGCUGGGCGGCGGGGCCCAACGGGCCGCGAGGUGCGGCCAGUUGGCGGCGCUGUCGUACCUCCUGCUCGGAGACCGGGACAGCUCCGCGGCCGUCUUCGACGAUGGAUUCGGCGCGCCGCCGCCGCCGCCGCCCUUGCUGUCCCCGCUGGAGGCGGCGCUUUUCGCCGCCGGCGCCGCCGGCGCGGAAACCGGCGGCGCGGGCGUCGUCGACGCGCACGUACACGGCGGUGACGAUGGAGACGAUAUGGCGGGGGCGGGGGCGGGGGNCUGUGCGCCGUCGUCGACAGCGACUGGGGGGGCGGGGGCGGGGGCGGGAGCGGCGGCGGCGGCGGGGGCCGGGGCGGAUGUCAUCGACGGGCUUCUGCUAGCCGGCGGCGAAGGGGUCGCGGCGGUGGUAACGCUGGACCUGGACGAGGCGGCGGCGGAGGGAAGGCUUGCAGUCCUGCAGUGGGCGCGGAGAGCGACGAUGGACGGCGCUCCUUCUCCUCCUUCGUGUGGUGCCCGCCACCGCUUUUCGUUAGACACGAGGCUGUCUAAGAUGCCGCCACUGCCGCCACCGCCCCGGCUGCUGCGGCCGGCCGGCCUCGGGAACCUUUCGAGGAGCAGCGCGCAGGAGGAAAAGAAGGAGGAGGAUGGGGAAGAAGAGGGGUUCUUCCCGCGGGAUGCUCCAGGCGGGGGUUGCUACUGCUGCUGCGACUGCGGCGAAGAGGGGAGGAUUGGGAGCGCGGAGGAAAAGAGGAGGGGGCCGGAGUACAGCGGGGAGGCAGAGGAGGACUUCUCCUACAAUCUCCCGUUUCUUCCUUGCGGGGGCGGAGGAAAGGGCGGCGGCGGGGAAGAGGACGAGCCAUGGGGUGAAGAGGAAAAAACACAGGAGGACGCGGGAGGGUAUGGCGAGGACGAAAGGGUGCCAUGGAGCGAAGAGGGAAAGAAACAGGAAGGGGCGGAGGAGAAGAGAGAUUCGUUUCCACCGCCUGGCUGCUGUUGUUGCUGCUGCUGGCGUAGCGGCAGAAGCCGCCGCCGCCGCCGCCGCCGCCGUGUCCAUGGGCGCAGCGGGAGCGUCACGCUGGCCUACUCCACGGCGGCCAUGGAGAGGACGAGAGCGGUAGUUGCCUCCGCUGCGGCGGCGUCGCCGGCUUCGGUCCCGGGGACGGCUGCUGCUACUGCUGCUGCUGCUGCUGCUGCUGCUGCUGCUGCUCUCCUCUCUGUUCCAUUUCGCUCCCCUGGUGGCAACGACGCCGCCGCCGCUGCUACGGCCGGUCGCUGUGACCACUGCCGCUGCUGUUGCUGCGAGGUGGACACACGCGCUACCCCCUCUUCUUCCGUAGACGACAGCGGAUGGAGGGGAAGGCAGCACCGUUGCCCCUCGUCGACUCGGCGGUUCUACGGAGAUCAUGGGGGGGGUGUCGCGGCGGAGCAUCGGCGGCGCCCCGAAGCGAGGGGUGCGGGCGGCGCAGCAGGACUGGCCGUGGGGGCGGGGAGGAAUCGAUUCCGGGUGACGAUGUCGACGGACGCGGUGGAUCGUGCAGCCGGGAACGGUCAUCUAGAGGUGGUUCGCUGGCUCUACCUCCACCGCGCAGAGGGCGGCACCGCCGGAGCCAUCACGGCCGCGGCCGCCGGAGGGCACGUGCGCGUCCUCGACUGGCUUGCCCGAAACACGCCCCUGAUGGCGACGACGACGGGACGAGUCAGCUUCUUCCGGGGGACGAGUGUCCUCAACCCCUCGGCGCUGGACAGGGCCGCGGCGAACGGCCACCUCGGGGUCCUCAGGUGGUUCCAUCGCAACUACGCCAACAACGGAAGGAGGAGCGGCGAAGACGGCUUCACGUAUCGCUUGAUGGAUGAGGCGGCCUCGAACGGUCACCUACAGGUGUGCCAAUGGCUCCGUCAGCACCGCAGCGAGGGCUGCAGCUGGAACGCGUUCGACGGAGCGGCGGGCGGGGGGCACACGCACGUCCUCGACUGGCUUGACCAGCACUACCACGCUGUCGGUCCCAGCGCGGUCGCCUUCAUCAAGGCGGCGAAGGCGGGCCACCUGCACGUCGUGCAGUGGCUCCUGCGGAGACAUCCCGGCGAGGCAAGGGCGGGCUGCAUGUGGGCCGUCCAGGAGCUUUCACCUACCCCGGCGAGUGACCUAACCGCGGGCGCGAAGAGGCAAGUGAGCUGGAAAGUGGACCCUGAAGUCUUGGAGCUGGUGCGGACGGCGUGGGACUCUUACCGCACGCGAGUCCCCUGUGGAAUAUAUCUCCGGGCGUAGGCGCAGCUUUAGCCGUCUCGUAGAGGCCCUCUCGCCCGUGCAUUCACCCUUGACAUGAUGUCGAGAGCGUCGAAGCACAAGUGAGCCAGCGUAGGAGUUGGAGUCUCGCUGGCGCGUCGCUGCUGGCUGUGCUGGGCACUAAAGAGCUGUGCUUUGCGGCGUGUGAGCGUGCGUUGUUCAGGUGGAAUAAUGUGGGGCAAGUUUAUGAUUCGGUGUGGUUUCCCAUGUGGCGUGGUCACGCGUGUGUGUACUCAUGGCCGUGCAUACCGUAUGAUAGUUGUUACACUAGAGACCAGAACACAUCCAGUGAAGCUCCUCUACGACGACAGAAAAUGUGGAGUGUGAUUUUUCUGGCGGAAGGGAACGGAUGCAUGCAUUUGAUUUUACACCGUAUUCACUCCGUAGGCGCCGUCAUACGCCAUACCCACACCGAACGAAGCGAUCUCCUACAUUGUUUGACAACAGUGUGUAGCUUCCAUGAAGGUAGCCAUUUACUUCCGUGGAAGCAGUAUUGACUUCCAUGGAAGCGUGUACCAUAUGUCAACCAGCGUAGGUUUCCCGAAUGAAGCCACGGGCAAUGACGGGGGCGAAUCCAUCCUCCGGGUGGGCAAAACGCAGGGAGCGCCUUCCUUGCCUCGGAUGAAGGUAACCUGGUUUCCCCGUGUG